UUUCAGAAGUGCUCACUGAUCAAAAUGGGCCAACAGAAUACAACAGUGCCCACAGAAUUCAUUCUGACUGGAGUCACCCAGUGGGCAGAGCUGAAGCUCCCACUUUUCGGAGUCUUCCUCAUCAUCUAUGGAGCCACAGUAGUGGGCAACCUUGGCAUGAUCAUUUUGACCAAGCUGGACUCCCGCCUUCACACACCUAUGUAUUAUUUUAUCAGACACCUAGCUUUCAUUGAUCUCAGUAAUUCCACUGUGAUUUAUCCCAAGAUGAUGGUGAAUUUUGUUGUGGAUCAAAAUGCCAUUUCAUACUAUGCUUGUGCCACACAGAUGGCAUUCUACAUUACAUUCAUUAUCAGUGAACUUUUCAUCUUGUCUGCAAUGGCCUAUGACCGCUUUGUGGCCAUCUGUAGCCCUCUGCUUUACAAUGUCAUCAUGUCUCAGAGACGUUGCCAUGUGUUGGUGGGCAUUCCAUACCUCUACAGUACCUUCCAGGCCAUAUUGAUAACUACUAAGAUUUUUAUGCUGACUUUCUGUGGCACCAAUGUCAUCAGCCAUUUCUACUGUGAUAAUGUCCCCAUGUUACUUUUGCUGUGUUCAAAUGCACAAGAUAUAGAAUUGAUAAUCAUAUUAUUUUCAGCGCUUAAUUUGAUCUCCUCUCUCCUGAUAGUCUUAGUAUCUUACUUUCUGAUUCUGCUAGCCAUAUGUCGAAUGCAUUCUGCAGAAGGCAGGAAGAAAGCUUUCUCCACCUGUGGUUCUCAUCUGACAGUGGUGGUGGUGUUCUACGGGACCCUGCUCUUCAUGUACUUACAGCCCAAAUCUGCUCACUCCUUUGAAACGGAUAAAAUAGCGUCUGUGUUUUACACUCUAGUGAUCCCCAUGCUUAACCCCUUGAUAUACAGCUUUAGAAACAAAGAGGUAAAAAAUGCCUUUCUAAGAGUCAUUAAGUAUCAAUGUAAAGUUUGUAUUUAA